UCCAGCCUGGCUGGCCUCUCACUUCCUUCCUGUCCUUCGCCACAUCCGGUCCCCGUGAGAAGCCUGUCCCACCCCCCGCUGCUCAAGAUCUGCGCCACAGGGCUCCUGGUGCUCUUUAAUUAACCUUCCGGAUCACUCCCACUGUCACAUGACUAUGUGUUCCCUCUCUGAUGGAACAUCAAGAAAAAGCACCAGAAGCAAAAUCAUCUCCACAAUCCUUAAAUUACCAUCAGCCACAAGUCGGGGCAAAGCCUUUUCCACCUGCUCAUCUCAUCUUAUGGUUGUGGCAUUGUUCUUCGGAUCAGCCAUUGUCACAUAUUUAAGACCCAAGACGCAAGGCUCAGCAGGAACUGACAAAGUACUUUCCCUCUUCUACACGAUUGUGACGCCUGUGUUUAACCCCAUGAUAUACAGUCUAAGGAACAAGGAUGUCAUGAUGGCCCUGAGAAAAUGGCCAGGUAAACACCUUAGAUCAUUGAAAAAGUGACUUGUAUUUCAGAACUUGAUUUCUUAUAUAUGUGUUACAAAUUUUCAACAGAUAUUUAUCUUAA